AUGCGUCGAUCCAGUGACAUGAGGUCCACGUCGCUGCAAGCGGGUGGCGCCACAGAUGCACUGAGCUCCAGGCUGCUCGAGGCGUUCGCGUUCCGUGGCCCGUUCAUCCCGAUCUGCGCGUGGAGCGCGGGUGCCCAAGGCACGUUUGACUUCGAAGUGAAAGCAUCAGCACUGUUCGCUCGGUCCGUUCACUUGCCAAGUUUCACCGUUGGAGUUCAACGUCCAUUGGAUCCUUCCAUCCCAUUCUUGACCUUGCACUGCCCCGUUUCCUGCCUUCCGAGCGGGUACGGCACGACACCCGACACAGCACCUAAUGCGUGCGACCCUGACUUCCAACUCCGGAUCUUUUCGGACUCCUUAACCGUUCGACGUCCAAAUAACCUCACAGCUCGGAUGCCGAAGUGUACGUCGACCAUCGGACUUGUCGAAGGGAUCGGAAAGUACUUCCUAUCAUCUCCCGCCUUGUUCGUCGUGGUCCGAAGUCCCGAGUGA